AUGGGAAAAUAUCAGAAAAAUUGUCUUUUGUUGGAAAAACUAAUCAAAAUAAAGAAAGACCAAUCAGAUAAUGAAUCGGAUGCAAUUGAUAUAGACCAAUGUGAUAACGAAAUUGAAUUAGAGGAGGAAGUCAAUAAAAUUGAAUCUUCAAGCAGUGAAGAUGAAGAUCUUUGUUAUAUAGCUCCUAACAAAAAAAGAGCCAGGGUUGUUUCUGAUUCUGAAACCGAAAGCGAAGAUGAAAUUUUUCGUUACACAGCUCCUAGUAAAAAAAGAGCUAGAGUUAUUUCUGAUUCUGAAACUGAAAAUGAUUUAGACGCUAUCGAUACAUCUUCUGAUAAAGAAAUUUCAGCCGAAAAAGCUGCUGAUGGGACUUUAUGGGAAACAUUGAACGAAGGCAGAAACGUAGGUAGAUCACCGAUUUAUACCAUAUUCAAAGACGUUUCUGGUCCAACUGCCUAUGCUAAAAGGCAUAUUAUGCUUGGUUCGGCAAGUAGCGCAUUCAAUUUGAUAAUUGACGAAGGUAUGAUGGCGUAUAUAAAAUCAUGUACCGAACUCGAAGCUCGUCAAGUUUUGAAUAAUAAGGAAUGGACGGUUACAAAAUCACAAUUGUGGGCCUUUGUAGCAAUUUUAUUUGCUAGAGGAGCAUAUGAGGCAAAAAAUUUGAAGUGUUCAUAUUUGUGGUCUGCGAAGUGGGGUCCGGCUUUUUUCGCCCAGACAAUGUCUAGAGAUAAAUUUAUAGACAUACUUCGGUUCAUACGUUUUGAUAAAAAAAAUGAACGCAGUGAAAGACUGAAGACAGACAAAUUUGCCUUGAUUUCAAAAAUAUGGGAAAAAUUUAUAGAGAAUAGUCAGGCUUGUUACAAACCUGACGCAAACAUAACGAUCGAUGAGCAAUUAUUCCCUAUUAAAGCUAGAUGCCGAUUUACGCAGUACAUGCCGAAUAAGCCGGAUAAAUUCGGCAUCAAAUUUUGGCUGGCAUCCGAUGUUAGAAGCAAAUAUCUUGUAAACGGUUUUCCGUACUUGGGCAAGGAUGAAACCCGAGGAUCAAACAUUCCCUUGAGCGAAUUUGUAGUAACUAAGCUUGCAGAGCCAUAUUUAGGCUGUGGACGAAAUAUUACCACAGAUAAUUUUUUUACUAGCAUUUCACUUGCAAAAAAGUUACUUGCAAAGAAAACUACUUUGGUUGGCACUAUACGUGCAAACCGAAAAGAAUUACCUAAAAUUGCGAAAGCCAAGAAAGAUAAAAUGACACAGUUUUCUACAAAACUGUAUAGAUCUGAGAAUUGUACCCUGACCAUUUAUAAAAGCAAGCCUAAUAAAAAAGUUUUACUACUAAGUACAAAACAUAAAAAUAUAACAAUUGAAAAAAAUAAAAAACUUGUUCCAGAAACAGUAACCUAUUAUAAUAGCACCAAGUAUGGCGUUGAUGUACUUGACCAAAUGGCCCGAAAAUAUAGCGUUAAAGCAAGUUCACGCAGAUGGCCUCUACAAGUUUUCUACAACAUUUUAGAUUUAGCAGCUAUCAAUGCUUGGAUUCUGUAUAAAGAGACGACUCAAGUAAAUAUUUCACGAAAAGAUUUUAUUUUCCAAUUGGCUGAAGAGCUAAGAAGUAAAUAUAGAGAAGAAGUCGAGAACACUUCCAUUCCAAUGACAGAAAUUCAUGCUACUGACGCACGGAAGAAUUGUCAAGUUCAACAAUCAUGCAAAAGAAACAGAUGUAGAAACCAUUGUGCUAAAUGUAAUAGAAAUGUUUGCGGAAAAUGUGUUUCAAAAACAGAGUUUAUAUGUAAAAAAUGUUUUCCAUGA